AAUAAUGAAGAAGAAAAAAAGUGAGGUUAUUGAGCUUUGCUUAACUGGACCUCGUCUUAGUUAGCUGAUCAGAGCCCUAAAACCCUUUUCUUCCUCCGCAAUUGCACCUUCAUAGAAACAGUCACAAACAACGGCCAUGGAUGUCGAGGAACAACGACCUUUUCCCAUACCCAACAACGUUAAACGCUUCGGUCUUAAAAACUCUAUCCAAACUAAUUUCGGUGACGAUUAUGUUUUCCAAAUCAUCCCAAAGGAUGAUUGGAGUUCAAUGGCGGUUUCACUUUCAACGAACGCAGUGAAAUUGUAUUCACCAGUGAUGGGUCAAUAUUAUGGAGAGUGCAAGGGUCACACUGCAACUAUCAAUCAGAUUUUGUUUUCGGGUCAUUCUAAUCCCAAUAUUCUAAGCUCUUGUUCUUCAGAUGGUACUAUCAGGACUUGGGACACUAGAACAUUUCAGCAGGUUUCUAUUAUCAAUGCUGGUCCGUCUCAAGAAAUCUUCAGCUUCUCUAUUGGAGGACCUAGUGGAAAUUUAGUUGCUGCGGGUUGUGAUUCACAGGUACUCUUGUGGGAUUGGAGAAAUAACAAGCAAAUUGCAUGCCUAGAAGAUUCUCAUGUGGAUGAUGUCACUCAGGUUCAUUUUAUCCCUGAAGAACGAGGCAAGCUCAUUUCUGCUUCAGUUGAUGGAUUGGUCUGCAUAUUUGAUACCACUGGAGAUAUUAACGACGAUGAUCAUCUAGAGUCGGUGAUUAAUGUGGGAACAUCAAUUGCAAAGGUGGGUUUUUUUGGAGAGAGUUAUCAGAAGCUUUGGUGUUUAACUCAUAUUGAAACUCUCGGCAUUUGGGACUGGAAAGAAGGAAGAAAUGAAGUAAACUUCUCAGACACGCGUACUUUAGCUUCUGAAAGUUGGAAUUUGGAUCAUGUUGACUACUUCGUUGAUUGCCACUACUCAAGAGAAGCUGAAAAACUAUGGUUGAUCGGUGGCACAAAUGCGGGUACUUUGGGUUUCUUUCCUGUAAAUUACAGUGAAACGACAACAAUUGGAGGUGCAGAAGCAAUUCUCGAAGGUGGCCAUACAGAUGUUGUUAGAAGUGUUCUACCUAUGUCCAGAGUUCAUAGUUCAGGCAUUUUUGGAUGGACAGGUGGGGAAGAUGGUAGGCUAUGUUGUUGGCUGUCUGAUGAUGAUUCCCCUCAAAAAAACCAAUCUUGGAUUUCAAGUUCAUUGGUUAUGAAACCGGAAAGAACUUGCAAGAAAAAUCGCCAUCACCCGUACUAAUACUAGUAGUCCUAUGCUGCUUAACUAAACAGUUUGAUUAUUUUUUUUUGGUUUAUUUAUUUAGUUUUUUAUUAAACUUGGGUUAGGAUGUGAUGGAUUUUGGGUUAAAAAUUUUACUUUUAUGUUUAUUGCGUGUAAUAUUUGUAAUGGGGCGUUUUGCACAAGCCCCUUUUAUAUUUUAAAUAAGAAAUAUAGAUCAUUUGAUUCAUUAUGUAUCACUAGCGUCAAGGCGACAUUAUGUGUUUGUCUU